AUGGCCCAAGCCCACGGCCUCAGCCUCGUCGACGGUGAGUGGGUUUCCAGACCGCUCGACCCUUAUCAGAUCAUGGCCAACGCGUCUCAAGAUGACGUUGAGAUGCGGGAUGCAACGCCCAAGCCAACAAGCCAAGUGCCUGAAUACGGCAUACUGUCGCAGACUGUCUUUGAGACACCGCUAAGCAAACUCAUCCUUCCGGCGAAGAUACGUCACAAAGAUCUGAUCGAUGUUGUCAUGGUCGGCGAGGACUUCAUACGUCUCAAAGAGAUCCGUGACUAUGGCCAGAUCCGCCAUGUGGCUUCCAAGACUGACUUUAACGGCGGCCGCAUCAUCACCGCCAAAGUCUUUGGCGACCCUCGUGAAGUUUCCGCAACCACAAGUGGCAGUCCUUCACUACAUCAAAAUUACAUGAAGCACAGGGCAAGAAGGCCAACCACGGGAAACGGGGACAACGCCUUACCUCCGGAAGUCAUCGUGCUUACUCUAUCAAACCGAUUGUUGAUGUUCUUGUGGGCUCAACACGAUCCGGCAGGUACUGCCACAUUCAUCCAGAAGACCAUCAAGCUACCUGCAGGGAGUUCCCGCUUGGAUCGUUUUGGUACCUUUCUCGCUAUAGAUCCCAAAUGUCGAGCAAUGGCAGUCGCAGCACACGAAGGGCGCUUUAUCCUCUACAAGACGAAGCCGAUGGAAAGAUGGAAAAGGGAUUUCAGGAUGAGCAAUGAGAUUGCUGCGCCUAUCGAAGAUGAGCGAAUCAUGUCUAUUGAAGGUCAGAUCAUGCACAUGGAUUUCCUAUCAUCAGGAGGUGGACAGGACGAUUACCAUGUUGUUUUGCUGUUCGUCGUCGUCCUCCAGGGGAGGACCAGGCUCACCUGUUUCGAUUGGGAUUGCAGACAGGAUCUCAGUAAAGCAACCCCUCGGACGGAGCGAUACCUUGUCCAGUCUGAGGACACAAUACCUUCUCUACUCAUACCACUUCGCCGGAGUCCGGAUUUCCUGCUAGUCUCCGACGACCACAUCUCGGUCUACAAAAACAUUCUCUCUGGGGAUCCAACGCAAACCACAGUGCCGAUCGACAAGACAAUACUUCAAUCAACACUACCAGGCGAUGGCAAGCACGCCCCCAAGUGGACUGCUUGGGAUAGGGCGCCGCGCAACUCCGAAUACCAAAAGGAGGUGUUUUACAUUGCAAGAGAGGAUGGCCGUAUCAUGUAUGUGGUGCGAGGGCCAGUGGGCACUCUGGAGAUCGAUGAGGCUGGUGAUUGGCAACACCGGAUUGACACCUCCUUUUCAUGCUUGGGCAUCGACAACUCAGAAAUGUCGCAGCAAUACCCAGAUCUUCUGAUCGCCGGUGGGGCAAGCAAUGAUGGGUUGCUUUGCAAAGUCGGUGCCUGGCCCACUGAGUACUCGUAUGCAGUACAAUAUCCAAGCGCAAAUCAAUUCUCCUUCGUCGAUAGCAUCCCAAAUUGGACGCCUCUUACAGACCUUGUAGUAACCAAACUUUCUAGCCCGCGCGCGUCAGACGAACGGCAACGAUCGUCCAUUUUUGUCGCAAACGGCAACAAUCCACAUGGAGAGAUCUCGGAGCUGCGACGCGGCAUACAAGCCGUUGUCGACGAUAGUUUCAGCGGCAUCAACGGCUGCGCUGGGAUAUGGGUGGUUGACCAUGGCAGUCAUAUGGCAGACAUCGAAGGCACGAUGAAGAGACAGCAUUAUGCGAUAUUUUCAAUAACGCUCCCGCCAGAGACCUUGGUAAUUCGAGUCGUCCGUACACAACCGGAGAGCCGUGCAGACUUCACUGGAGCAUGGGAAGAGGGCUUCUGGGAUAAGUUCCAAACACCCAGCGACGAUGAUCCGCUCGAAGACGAUCUGAUGCGAGAAGAGGAGACUAUCUCGGCGUGUCCUUGGUCUGACACGAUAUCGAUCCAGAUUACACGGCGAGAGGCCCGCACUCUUCUUCGGCCAACAUUGAGACAAAUCGAGUCUUUGAAGUUUGACUCUCCAUUGCUGUUGGCUGUCACACAUACUGCAUGCCCUUUCAUCGCGCUUGCGUCUCGAAAGAGCGGUCACGCGCUAUUGGAGAUCAUACCAAUCUCAAAGGGCGGCAACUUCGACCGAUCGAAUUCAUUCCAAUACCAGCUAGCUCAUGAUCCCACAUGCGUAGAGACACUGGAGAUCAACGGCUUUCCACAUGUGUUCGUUAGUACAUUCGAUUCGGAGGUCUUCCUCUUUCAGUACUCGUAUGGUGAGACCUCGUUGACAUUGGAAGACUCCUGGAAAGACCAAGAUACCCUCAACGGUUCGCAAAAGCUCUGUGAGAGUGUUGCCGUUCUGAGCAAGGACGGCAAGAAUUUUCUGGUGUGCGCAAUGCGGGAUGGCACUCUUCUGAGUUCGCAAAUUCACGUAGAGCACGGUGUCAUAUCACCCCCGUCCUGGAGCUCAACUCAUAUGGGCGCAGCUUCAGCCAAGAUCACCCGCAGCGAAACAGAUGUAUCUGCAGCGUUUGUUUCUUGUGGAUCAGAUUUCUGCCGAGUGCGCCCCUCUUCAAGCGAAUUCUCGUGUCUCGACAUCGAUUCCAUAUGGUUUACCGAUCGCGGCCACCCCGAGUACAAUCAAUCGCCAGUAUCGGCGAUCUAUCAACUGCCAUUUCUACCGAAACUGGACGUUGUUGGGAGGAACCUCGGCGGCUUUCUGUUUGCAGUCGCCGGAGAUCGUCUUCUCUUCUCGCAACUGGAUGCAGACGUAAAAUGGUCAAGCCAAGACAUGCCUUCUACGUUUCUGCACGACUCCAAAAUUGUUCCCAGGAAACUCAGCACGGGUGCUAAGCCGAGCAAUAUCCUGUACAUGCAGAAGUUACGACGAGUACUAGUGUCGACUAUGAAAGCGAAAGAGAGACGAGGGCCACCUUCUGGCGAACGAGUCUUGCACUCAUCGAUCAAGCUACUGAGGGUGCGCGACGACAGACCGACCGAUGACGUCGAGAUCAAACAGGAGGUGGAAGCGCCGGUGGAGCGACUAGUCGUUGCUCAGGCUCCUUUGAUGAAUGCCGAGAGGGUAUAUUCCAUCGUCGAAUGGCAGUUCUUGAACAAAGACAGUAAGAGAUACAAUCUCAUCAUUGUUGGUACCGGAAUCCAGACCGGCUCCUCGCAGUAUAGUGGAAGGCGACUGAUCUUCAACACUGGCAAAUCGGGCUCCAAGCUGGAUUUGCAGAAACAGUCAACAUAUAGCGAUCCAGUCUAUGGCAUAGCGCUGUGGGACAACCAGACGACAGUCAGUAUCGUCGGGAAGUCUUUGUGCAUCGAUCGUUUCGACGAGGAAGCCGGUCGAUGGUUUCAGCGUGGUAAAACAGAUCUGCACUCUCCAGGUAUCCACGUGUCUGUCAUUCAGCCAUUCGUCUAUGUUUCGACGCUCCAGCACUCACAUCUUUGCUUCAAAGUUGUGGAAUCAGCACGACCUGAUACUUUCGAGUUUGUGCGGGAGUUCUCUGAUAGUGGUAUGCGCAACUGCGCGCGACAUCUGGUCUUGGAUUUGCCAGACAAGGAGGGCUGUAGCAACGAUCGAUUCGUUUUACUCACCGAUAAGAAGAGCAGCUCGGUGACCGGUCUCUACCAGCCACCUCUUCGGACCCACAGUAACGCUUCACCGACAUUAUUCGAAGCAUGUCUUCCCCGAUCUGUGAUUCGUCUCGACCGCGGCGAUAUCCGCCCACCUUGGCGUCGUCCAAAUCCUGCAGGAAAGAGCACCGGAGUCCUUGUCGACGAUAUCAUCGGCGCUUGUACCGAUGGCACGAUCUUCUCUUUCUCCAUCCUCUCAUCACCCGCCCGUCUACUACUCCGCCUGAUACAAAACCUGAUUGAGGUCAAGACCAACCGUUCAGGCGCCCAUAAACACGACACGAUCAAACCCCGUAGUGGCGACAUUUUCAACGUUCUCAUGAACAACACCCCUGGCAAUCAACAUGGUGCGAUCUUGGUCAGGGAUGUAGAUCCACGUUAUCUGGGGCAAAGUCUUCAGCGAGGUGCCAAGCACAAGCACGUCGAAGGCGACUUCUUAAAGAACUGGCUACAUGAAGAUGGCGACUUGAAGAGUUUGGUUUGGAGCAACGCAGACGAAGAGGUCGGAAAGCUCUUCCAGAAGCUGGCGUUGGAUGUCGAGGAAAGAUGGGGAACGAAGAUCGCUGGGGAAACCAAUGGGCACGAGAAGCAGCAGUUGUGCGAACACGUAAAGAGGUGGAUGAGCGAGGUACUCAUGCCUGUGCUAUAA